AAAGCCGCAUGCUCCGCUAUUUUCUCCCUCAAAAUCUUCUUCGCCUCCUCUGCCACCCUCCCUUUCCAUCUGCUCAUCUGCGAUUUUACCCUUCUGGUUAUGGUCGCUUCCGCUUCUCCUCAGCCCCUCAGCCGAAGCUCUUGUGCAGCUCUUGGCUUCCCUCGCCUCAGAUUUGUUAAUUCCGCCGAUUGAUUCUCAUCAACCUCCGCAUCCAAUCCAACGCUUUGGAGAUUCUCGAGUUUCUGUCCCACGGCAUAUUUUAUUUCAAUUGUUGCCCCUACCAUGCCUCGCCGGAACGGCCAGAACUUGUCGUCCCUGCAGGGUAUGAACGCGACGUCUGCCAAGUCAUCCCAAAUUGGCCGGCCUAGGACCGUGCCGGACUUUUUCUCCUACGGAAGUCUAAUUACCGCGACACUGCCUGAUGAUCUGCCGCGAGUAGUACCGCCGAAAUUGCUGCUUAAGGUGACGAUGCAGGGGAGCCUCGGGCCUGUGCAGGUCAUAUUGACGCCGGAGUCGACGGUGAAAGAUUUGGUGGCGGCGACGGUGCGGCAGUACGUGAAGGAAGGCCGCCGGCCGGUCGUGCCGACCACGGAUCCCUCCGAUUUUGACCUCCAUUAUUCGCAGUUUAGCUUGGAAAGUUUGCAGAGGGAGGAGAAGCUCAUAGAGCUCGGAUCUAGGAACUUCUUUCUUUGCCCACGAAAGUGUAGCAGCGUCAGCCUGGCAGAUGCGGGUGGCUAUGGGGCUAAUGCACCGCCACCGUUUGCAUAUUGCUCCAGAGAGGCUGACAGAGUGAACAAAAUUGGUUUGCUGGGAUCUACUUUAAAUUGAUUUGAUGCUGCGAUUGCCACUCAGACGAACAAUUAUUACGUGCCUAUGUGUCGUAUAUGUCCUGACAGUCUCACAGAUGAGAUAGAGGCUGCCAAUUACAGGGGUGUGCCUUGAAUUCGUAUAAUAAACGUCCUAUUGGACAAUGAUAUUUUGUGGUACACUCUUUAUUAAUUAAGCAUAUAGAUUCUGUCAUGUUAUUCAGUUCCAAUCCAAGGGGCGCAAAAUUUGGGGCAUGUUUGGAUUGUAGUUUGAAACUGCAGUUGUGCUUUUGAAUUUGUGAAACUGAAGUUGUAAACUGAGUUGAAUAAAAA